AUGGCGGAAACCUCAACCAUCCAGGUAACCAAAGCCACAGCCCUACCAACACCAAACGAAAGCGAAGAAGAAAAGAAAGCCAAAGAGAACGACUCACAAGAAAACGAGAAUGAAACCAGCUCGCAGAAUGCCCCAUCACCAUCACCAACGCAGCCCUCUCCUACAUCAACCUCCACCCCCAAAAAGACCUGGCGCUUCUGGGCCGUCUUCCCAGCGCUCUGCACGACGACCUUCCUCGCAGCCCUCGACACCUCCAUCCUCUCCACAGCCCUCCCAACCAUCGCCUCCGACCUCCACUCCGGCGAGCUCUACAUGUGGAUCACAAACUCCUACAUCCUCACCUCCACCGUCGUCCUCCCCCUCUUCGGCCAAAUGGCCAACAUCUUCGGCCGCCGCUGGAUGCUCAUCAGCUCCGUCGUCGUCUUCGCAAUCGGGAGCGCAAUGGCCGGCGCCGCAACAAACACCAGCGCCAUCAUCGCCGGCCGCGCAGUCCAGGGCAUCGGAGGCGGCGGCAUAAACAUCCUCGUCGACACCGUCAUCUGCGACCUCGUGCCCCUCCGCCAGCGCGGCAAAUACGUCGCCCUGAUGGCCUCCGUCUGGGCCGUCGGCACAACCGUCGGCCCUGUCCUCGGCGGCGCCUUUGCCCAGCAUAUCUCCUGGCGCUGGGUCUUCUACAUCAACCUCCCGCUCUGCGGCGUGUCGCUCGUCCUCCUCGUGCUCUUCCUGCGCGUCAUGCACCCCCGUCCACCCAACGCCACAAUCUGGAACCAAUUCCUCCGCGUCGACAUAGCAGGAAACACCCUCCUCACCCUCGCCGUCAUCGCCAUCCUCCUAGCCCUCACCUGGGCCGGAACCGCAUACCCCUGGUCUUCAUGGCGCGUGCUGCUCCCGCUCCUCCUCGGCAUAGCCGGACUCAUCGCGUUCCCAAUCCACCAAUCCUCGCGCUUCUGCCCGGAACCCUCCAUCCCACUCCAAGUCUUCACCAGCGCAACAGCCCUCUGCGCCCUAUGGAUCUCCUUCUUCCAAAGCCUCCUCCUCUACUGGGUCGGCUACUUCCUGCCAGUCUACUUCCAAGCGCUGAAAAGCCUGUCCGCAACGAACUCCGGCUUCGCCGUCCUCCCCAUCACAGGCGCGAUCGCGCCCUUCGGCGUCAUCACGGGGAUCCUCCUCGCAAAGACAGGAAAAUACCGCCCCUUCCACUUCCUCGGCGCGAUCUGCAUGACCGCCGGCGUGGGCCUCUUCUCGCUGCUAGACGACCGCUCGCCGGCCCGCGACUGGGCCGGCUUCCAGGUCCUCUUCGGCGUCGGGUCCGGCAUGAUCUUCUCCUCGACCCUCCCGCCCAUUCAAGCCGUCCUGCCGGAAUCCGACGUCGCGACGGCAACGGCAACGUGGGCGUUCCUGCGCAGUCUAGGCUGUAUCUGGGGGAUUGCGAUUCCGACCUCGAUAUUUAAUACGCGUGUGCAGAGGGUGUUGGGGAUUGUGAGUGAUGCGGCGAUUAGGGAGAUGCUGGCUGAUGGGGGCGCGUAUGCGGUGGCGAGUGAGGGGUUGGUCAAGAGUCUUUCUGGUCGGCCCGUGUUGCAGGCGGAGGUGCUGAGGGUGUAUGAGGAUGGGCUGAAGUGGGUGUGGUGGAUGGCGGUGCCGUUUGGGGCGGCGGGGUUUCUGUUGGCGCUGCCGGUUAAGGAGGUGGGGUUGAGGGAGGAGUUGGUGACGGAGUUUGGGCUGCGGGAGGAGGCGGAGAGGGGUAGUUAA